CAGGCGCUCGAUACAACACAGAUAUCCUUCAGCAAAUCAAACACACACACACACACACAAACACACACGCUCUCUCUCUCUUGCAGAAGGUGAGACGGAGAAACAGACGGGGCGGGAGACAGCCAAGCUACAGCGGGAAAGAGGAGAGUGAGAGGGAAAAAAAGGACAAGGACAACCGGAGGCAUGGAGACAGAAGGAACUGCAGCAUCUUCUGAGAGGCAGCUCUGUGACCUGCUGAGCCGUGAACGCCACUGAAAGAUGAUUGUUCUUCAGCAUCCUGUGGUCAUCUCUAUAAGACAUCUGAAAAGUUAAAGAGAUCAUACUGGAAGAAUCCUGGGUAUGCAGACUCCGACCUCCAUGGUGAUGGGCAUCGUCUUCGCCCCGUUAGGACUGGUCCUGCUCUUCACCGCAGCCAUCACGCCCCAAUGGAGAGAAGGCCAGACCCGUCUGGGUCUUGCCAGGCCGGGCUCGCUUCUCCGAACCAUCGUGAAAAGCAACAGCCAAGCGGGGGUCAAGUCGGGAUCCGUGGACUCGCUCCUCUUAGUCCGCUCCGAUGGACUUUGGGAGAGCUGUCUUCAAGUGGAGCACUCGGAGCUGAAGCAGUGCUGGCCGGUGGCGGGGUCCUACCAGCGGGACUGGAGGGUCCGCCUGGCGCAAGGCUUGGUGCUGACCUCCUUGUUCCUGUGCGGCACCGGCAUCGUUCUGGCCUGCAUCGGCGUCCGCUGUUGGACAGAUCUACCGCUCCGAGGGGUGGCGGCUACGGGUGGCCUCCUGGUGGUGAUGGCGGGGGUGCUCAGCAUGAGCGCCUUGGUGGUCUACACCCACUACCUGAAGAGGCUUGGGAUGGAAGACGCCCGGCAGGAAGUCCACAACACCCGCUUACCUCAGCUGAGCUUGCGCCCGGCCGGCUCGCUCUACUUCGGCUGGCUGGGGUCAUGCUUACAAGUGCUGGGAGGGGGCGCGUUGGUCUUUAGUUUCAAGCGACCCAGAUGCCAAACUUGCCCGGAGUUCGCCGCCUGCCCCGCGUGUCGCCGCUGCUCACAGAUUCGCAACAAGCCUGACUCAGAUGUUUAUGAAGUCAGCUCUUAGCUUGAUUUUGACCGUACGCUUGCAUCCAGUGAUUCAGUGAGUUGUGACGUCGCUGCUGUCAUUUGUCAAGACGGACUUUGUCCGUUGUUGCAGGACUGGAGACUGAUCUUCCAACGUUUAUUCUUGUGCGGCCUUCUACAGCCAUGCUUUGUACUGUUAGAAGAGUAAUGUACUUUUAUUUAUUGAUUUCUUUUUUAAUAGUGCCUACUGUAUCAUCCACAAUGUGACACAAGAACACGUCUCCCUUAUUUGGGUGUUCUAAAUAGCAAAAAACUGCCAGUAAGAAGCGGCCAAUGCUGAUACAAUCGAUUCCGUCUAUAAAGCCCUCUAAAUAAAACAUCCGGUAACACUUUAGUAUGGGGAUCAUAUUCACCAUUAAUUAGUUGCUUAUCAACAUGCAAAUUAUAAAUAAUGAAUGAUAAAUGGGUUGUACUUGGGUGUACUGGAGAGGAGGCUACGCCGGAUAGUCGAAUCUCGGAUUCAGGAGGAACAGUGUGGUUUUCGUCCUGGUCGUGGAACUGUGGACCAGCUCUAUACUCUCGGCAGGGUUCUCGAGGGUGCAUGGGAGUUUGCCCAACCAGUCUACAUGUGCUUUGUGGACUUGGAGAAGUCCUGUGGGGAGUGCUUGGAGAGUAUGGGGUAUCGGACUGUCUUAUCGUGGCGGUCCGCUCCCUGUACGAUCAGUGCCAGAGCUUGGUCCGCAUUGCCGGCAGUAAGUCGAACACAUUUCCAGUGAGGGUUGGACUCCGCCAAGGCUGUCCUUUGUCGCCGAUACUGUUCAUAACUGUUAUGGACAGAAUUUCUAGGCGCAGUCAAGGCGUUGAGGGGUUCCGGUUUGGUGACCGCAGGAUUAGGUCUCUGCUUUUUGCAGAUGAUGUGGUCCUGAUGGCUUCAUCUGGCCGGGAUCUUCAGAUCUCACUGGAUUGGUUCGCAGUCGAGUGUGAAGCGACCGGAAUGCGAAUCAGCACCUCCAAGUCCGAAUCCAUGGUUCUCGCCCGGAAAAGGGUGGAAUGCCAUCUCCGGGUUGGGGAGGAGACCCUGCCCCAAGUGGAGGAGUUCAAGUACCUAGGAGUCUUGUUCACGAGUGGGGGAAGAGUGGAUCGUGAGAUCGACAGGCGGAUCGGUGCAGCGUCUUCAGUAAUGCAGACGUUGUACCGUUCCGUUGUGGUGAAGAAGGAUCUGAGCCGGAAGGCAAAGCUCUCAAUUUACCGGUCGAUCUACGUUCCCAUCCUCACCUAUGGUCAUGAGCUUUGGGUCAUGACCGAAAGGAUAAGAUCACGGGUACAAGCGGCCGAAAUGAGUUUCCUCCGCCGUGUGGCGGGGCUCUCCCUUAGAGAUAGGGUGAGAAGCUCUGCCAUCCGGGAGGGACUCAAAGUAAAGCUGCUGCUCCUUCACAUCGAGAGGAGCCAGAUGAGGUGGUUCGAGCAUCUGGUCAGGAUGCCACCCGAACGCCUCCCUAGGGAGGUGUUUAGGGCACGUCCAACCUGUAGGAGGCCACGGGGAAGACCCAGGACACGUUGGGAAGACUAUGUCUCCUGGCUGAGCUGGGAACGCCUCGGGAUCCCCCGGGAAGAGCUGGACGAAGUGGCCUGGGUGAGGGAAGUCUGGGUUUCCCUGCUUAGGCUGUUGCCCCCGCGACCCGACCUCGGAUAAGCGGAAGAAGAUGGA